AUGGAGUCGAUGCCCGGACAGCUUCGAGACGCGGGACGAGACGCCAGCUCUUCCCCCAAUUUAAAGCAGGACGCACAGAGCUUCACCAGCCCUAGCUCCCUCAAACCAAACCAAGUGAGCGAGACCUCGUUGUACGGGGUGCCCAUCGUCUGUCUAGUCAUAGACGGUAAGGAGAGACUCUGCCUGGCGCAGAUUUCCAAUACCCUGCUGAAAAGCUACAGCUACAACGAAAUACACAACCGCCGGGUGGCUUUGGGCAUCACCUGUGUGCAGUGCACUCCUGUCCAGCUGGAGCUCCUGCGGCGCGCUGGGGCCAUGCCCAUCUCCUCCAGGCGCUGUGGCAUGAUCACCAAACGGGAGGCCGAGCGGCUCUGCAAGUCCUUUUUGGGAGCGCACAGCCCCCCUAAGCUACCAGAAAAUUUCGCAUUUGACGUGUCUCACGAUUGCGCCUGGGGCAGCAGGGGCAGCUUCAUACCCGCCAGAUACAACAGCUCCAGAGCAAAGUGCAUUAAGUGCACCUUUUGCAACAUGUAUUUCUCCCCAAAUAAAUUCAUUUUCCACUCCCAUCGCACCCCAGAGUCCAAGUAUUUGCAGCCGGACGCGGCCAACUUCAAUUCUUGGAGGCGCCACCUGAAACUGACGGAAAAGAAAUCAUCUGAUGACAUAAACCACGCGUGGGAGGAUGUUAAGGCCAUGUUCAACGGGGGGAGCAGAAAGAGGACACUUCCUAUGAGUGGGUCGGGAAUGAGCUCGUCCAUGAAAUCGCAGGCCUCCUCCAGCCUUGCCCAAACCAGUUCCCCUGAGAUCCCACACAAAACUUUACGGCGCGACGAGGAUCAGGGGAAUAAUAACCUGAGUUUGGCGAGUAGCGCGCGGAGCUACCCGGUCAUCCCGGUGCCCAGCAAGAGCUUUGGCAUGCUUCAGAAAAUCCCCCCACCCCUAUUCCCCCACCACCCUUAUGGCUUCCCGGGCUAUGGGCUGUGUCAGAAAAAGAAUGACGGUGUGCCUGAUGCGAACAAACCCAAUGUCCCUGGAGUGUUUUGGCCCAGUGCGAAGGACACCAUCUACCCUGCUUUCCCUGUCUUUUGGCCUACAGCUGGCGGCCUUCCCAUGCCUCCCUAUCCGGGCUCUCCGCCCAAACUCCCGGAGCUGCCAGGCGUACGGCAGAGCGAGCUAGACUUAUCGGACCAAAGCGACCGGGGCGCAAACACACCCAAAGACAGCAACCAUCACCAACACCUCCAGCAGGACGGAGGAGAGCGCUGCCCCAGCUCCCAAUCCUCCACCAACAGGAACGACGAGGACAAGUCCGGCGACGAGACCCCCCAGAGGAAAAUCAGCUACAUCUCGGCCUUCAGACCCGUUGUCAAAGACGCAGAGACCAUCGCCAAACUCUACGGCAGCCGGGACAGCUACGGAGCGCGCCCUGGCUACCUGUCCCCGGAUUUUAUCAGCGAGAGUUCCAGUUACAGAUCGGUAUCACCGGACAGGGACAGUGUGGUCGACGACGACGACGAUGACCUGGACGUGGAUGUGGAGUCCAAUCGGGGACAGGACGACGAGGAGCUGAUCCGGAUCUCGCCAGGAGUGGACCAGCGUGACUCCCCUGUGCCGGACCGGGUCUCCUCGGGUGCUGAGGAGAGCCAGGAGCAGCCAGCCUCCAGCCCCGGUGCAGCAUCAGCAUCAGCGGAGGACUCCGUGCACACUGGGUCAUCAGAUGAGGAUAGACAGAUGCGUAAUGGCUCUCCUCUUCAUGAAGUGUACUCUCAUGAAAAGGACGGCCACGUGCUUCUGAGCGAGCCCUCGUCAUUUGUGUCCAAACAAUCGAGCAGCCCCCGCAGAUCAAAUGGUGUGCAUCACGUGUCUGAACAGCAGAGCCAACGCAAUUAUCAGGAGCAAAAGGACAGACAAGCAGAUGGGGCUUUACGCAUCGACAUCAGCGUGCAUGAGAGAGAUCUGGAGACCAUGGCGAAAGAGGAGUUGCAGAAGCAGCUUGUGGAGCAAGUGGAGCUGAGGAAAAAGUUGGAGAGAGAAUUUCAACAUUUAAAAGAUAAUUUUCAGGAUCAAAUGAAGCGCGAGCUGUCCUACAGAGAGGAAAUGGUCCAGCAGCUGCAGAUUGUUAGAGACACUUUGUGCAGCGAGUUGGACCAAGAGAGAAAGGCUCGUUAUGCAAUACAGCAGAAGCUAAAAGAAGCUCAUGACGCCCUUCAUCAUUUCUCGUGCAAGAUGCUGACCCCUCGCCAGUGUACCGGAGCCUGCACCUUCAAGCCCCCGCUGCUGCCUCCCUAG